AUGGCUCCCUCGGUCAAGCAGCGGAAGAUUGCGAUUCUGGGCAGCCGCUCGGUUGGCAAGUCGUCCCUGACGGUUCAAUAUUGCGAGGGGCAUUUUGUCGAGAGCUACUAUCCUACGAUCGAGAAUACCUUCAGCCACGAAAUCGUCUACAAGGGCCAGACGUAUCUCACGGAAAUCAUCGACACUGCGGGACAGGAUGAAUACAGUCUGAUGAACUCGAAGCUUUAUAUCGGCAUACAUGGCUAUCUGGUCGUGUAUUCGGUCGCCUCCCGACAAUCCUUUGAGAUGGUCCGGAUCAUUCGCGACAAGCUUUUGAAUCACCUUGGCGCGGAUUCGGUGCCGAUCAUGAUCGUGGGGAACAAAUGCGACGUCGAUAUCAAAAAACUACGCAAAGUGUCGCCUGAAGAAGGCCAAAAGCUGGGACAAGAACUUGACUGUGGGUGGAUCGAGACAAGCGCGAGAAACAACACCAACGUCGCCAAAGCCUUCGAGAUGAUGAUUGCCGAGAUCGAGAAGUCCCAGGAACCCGACAAGCCCGCCGGUGGAGGGAAAUGUAUUGUGAUGUGA